UAUAUAUAUUUUUUCUCUGCUCUGUUUGUCCCGAGAGCUGUGAAGGAACUUCGGUCUAUCCAUACAUUUUCCAUUUCUGCUUCUCCAGUGCAAGGCUACAAUGAGCUGGGAGGUUUUCCCAAGAAGCACAGCGCGAAAGGUAAACGUUCUGUGCGUUUAGAAAGGUACCGAACUGAAUUGCUGAUUCGACGGCAUUUGCAUCUCCUGGCUGGCUGUACCCCCUGUACGAAUGUGAUUUUGGUAUACUGUCACCCCUAGUAAUCAGCAUUUCACUACCCCUCUCUCAGACAUGCCUUACUCCAGCCUCAUUCUCUAUAAAUAGCCAGUCUGUUGGACUCUCCAGUGAUCAUGUUACCCGCCAUCCUAGUCAGCUCUCGCAUGUGCCCCGGCCGAAGGAGAGGAUUCACACGCGUGGCCUGAGAACACCGCCACAUGCCCUCGGGGGCACAAAGAGUGCAAAUGAUCAAGCCCGACUCCCGAGAGGAGGCAGAGCGAAAGCUCAAGGCCCGAUUCCUGCAGGCCCUGCAGUGUGACGACGUGGACGAAGUGCACAGGAUUCUGCACAACACCAACAUCGACAUAGACGGCGUGUUUGACGUGGAGGAUCGGAGUAUGAUCCUGGCUUCCUACAAACAAGGCUACUGGCUGCCGGGUUACAAGCUAGAGUCUUCCUGGGCGACAGGUCUCCAUGUGUGUGUGAUGUACAACUCUCUGGCCAGCGGCCUGGCGCUGCUAGGGAAAGGGGCCGCCAUCAACCGCAAGCCCAACGGGAAGACGCCCCUGCACGUGGCCUGCGAGGUCUCCAACAGCGACUUCGUCACCCUGCUCCUGAGCCACGGCGCCAGGAUCAACAGUAUCUCCCUGAGCGGCCACACAGCGCUACACUACUGCAUAACCAAGGAGUCCGUGGACUGUGCAAAACAGCUCAUUCUGAAAGGUGCUAUGGUGGAUUGUUGCAGCGAGAACAGCGAGGCCGAGAGACCCCUCCACACAGCGGCCCGGUUCGGCAUCCCUGAGCUGGUGGGCCUGUACCUCACCCACGGUGCCAACGUGAACGCCACCAACGUGUACAAGGAAACGCCACUGAUCACGGCAACCUACUGGGCGCUGCACAUGCGCGAUCAGGUCUAUAGCGGGCAGCACCACCUGGUGUGCCGGAUGCUGCUGGACCACGGGGCCGACGUCAACGCGCAGGAGGUGGACGACAAGGUGGCGCUGCACAAGGCCGCGUGGAACUGCGACCACGUGCUGACGCGCAUGCUGCUGGAGGCUGGCGCCAACGCCCGCAUCAUGGACAUCAACGGCUGCUCACCCAUCCAAUACUUGUUGAAGGUGACCUCAGUGAGACCCGGGGGAAUCCCCGAGCUGUGCACCCAGCUUCUGCUCAACCAUGGCGCCGUGAGAAUAUACCCCCCCCAGUUCCACAAGGUGUUGCAGUCCUGUCACGAGUACCCCAGAAUGGUGGAGGUAAUAGUCAACUCAUACGAGCAUAUCAAGUCCACAAGAAAAUGGAAGACUGCCAUUCCUGACAACACCUACAAGCGACACCAGGAUUUCUACGACUCGCUGUUCGCGGUGUGCAGCGACAGACCACGCACACUGCAGCACCUGGCCAGGUGUGCCAUCCGAGCGCGACUGGGCAGCCGGUGCCACGCCGGGGUCAGGAGCCUGCCCAUGCCGUUAUCCAUGCAGAGGUACCUGCUGCUAGAGCCAGAAGGCAUCAUUUAUUGAUUACCCAGAAUCCCCCAGGGGCCUGCCUUGAACAUACCCAUCGAAAAACAAAACGAACAAACAAAUUUUUUAAAUGGCUGUACCAAAGCACAAUAUGCUGUAGCCCUCGGCUAGUUGAAGAGUUAUGUGGGUCCCAGAUGAAGCGUGAUAUGGAAAAGGAAAUGGCUCACCGCUUAUAGCCAAACCGAAAAUGACUAAAAAGUGAUUAAGGGAGCGCUCCCAAGAGGGCGGUUACUGCUGCUGCAUCGCUUGCAGGACUUACUGAAAGCUGGACGGCUGCGGUGACGCCCUAUCCAGUGACCUACGGUACUUACUGUAGAUGGAAGAAGGUUGUUAACUAGCUGCACAAUGAUGCAUCUUCAUCCUCAGUGACUGUUACCAUUGGAAAGACAGAUAGGUGUUUUUUUGGAGCGCAUUAUAUUUCUUGUGCUGGAUUUUCCAUGAAAGUAGAUUAAAUGUGCGGCUGCACUAAGACCUCCCACGCUGACCUGAAAAAUGACUGACGUGUAGAUCACUUAAAAAACACAUUUCAUUCUCUCAGGGAGGCAUGUCCGAUGAAACACAAUAAUGACUAAUGACGAAAUAUUAGAUCAAAUCAGGAUGUUACUGGAGGUUAUUUAAUUAAUUACUUGCAAGUAGCUAGUAUUGUGAAAUACCUGGGAUGUCCGAAGAGGGAAAACCUCCUUCCUAGACCUCUGUUGUUGUUUUUAUGAUAUAUUAUAGAUAUGUACAGACGCUCCUCUACCUACGUAUGAAAUACGUUCCGAACGGCCGUUCGCAAUUUGAAAUGUUCGUAAGUCGUUAUUCAGCAUCAUUUUAAGGGUACAUGCAAGUACUAAGAACUAGGAUGCUGGGAGUUCGCACGCUUACGCUGCUGUGCGGCGGGAGUAGCGGCCAGAAGUCGUACUAGGCGGGAUUGGCGUGCAGAAAAAAAAUUGAUGUUGAGGACAGGAAACGGGAGCCCAACGAACACAAUUAGGACUUACAGUCCUCUUUGUUCAUAUGCCCGAAAGUUCGUAAGUUGAAAGCUUGUAAGUAGAGGAGCGUCUGUAUAUAUAACAUUAAAUGUAAUGUUAUGCACAAAUGUUGCUCAGCAAGCAGCACUAUAGUCUCCAGGGGCAAGACUGGCAGUUCUGGGUCCCCUUGUUCAAACAGCUGGCAUGAUCCUGGGGGGUGUCCACAUCUGGACCUCCUGAACCUUUCAGGUUUCCAACUCAUUUGCAUCACCCUUGUUGCCUGACACCCCCAGGGUUGGGAAUUUGAAUCAUUUUUGCAUGUCGUCCUGGUCCUGGGAGUUUCCACUGGGUUCUUUGUCCCCCCCCCACCCCCACCCCCACCCCCCACAGUCCAAAGACAUGCAGUUUGAUGAACUGGCUUCUCUAAAUUGCCCGUAUGUGUGUGUGGUCAAGUAAUGUGUAUAGUACAUUGUGGGGACCAAAUGUCCCCACAAUAUUAUUUAAAAACCUGUUAUUCUGACCUUUUUCAGUCCCUACAAGGAGAAACUGAAGUUUUAUAAAAAUCUGUAAUCGCAAUCAAAAAAGUAAAAAUGUGAAGUGUCUUGUA